CUGCCUGCGGGGCUUUCUCUUCUGGGACCCCCGAUUUUCGGACACCGAGCGCCAUGGCCCUGCCUCUGCUGCCGGGCAACAGCUUCAACCGCAACGUGAUAAAGGAGAAGUUUCACAAAUCCCAACAUUGGGGCUUUUGCAACAAUGUUAGGAUGUUGGUGAGUGAUGAAAAGCCUGGAAUAGGAGGAGCACCACUUCCAGGGCAAAAGAUAAAGCCGAAAUAUAGUAUAUAUCCUAAAGGAGAUGGAAGUGAUGUACCAUCAUGGGUAGCCUUUGAUAAACAGGUAUUAUCUUUUGAUGCAUAUUUGGAUAGAAGCCAAACCAAGUACAGAAUAAGAUACUACAAAAUCUACUUCUACCUUGAAGAUGACACAAUUCAAGUAAAUGAACCAGAGGUGAAAAAUAGUGGAUUGCUUCAAGGGACUUUUCUCCGGCGUCAUCGGAUUACUCUUCCGCCUCCUGAUGACGAUCAGUUUUAUACUGUGUAUCAUUUUAAUGUCGGCACAGAGGUUGUCUUCUAUGGCUGGAAAUUCAAGAUUUAUGACUGUGAUGCAUUCACAAGAAACUUUUUGAGGAAAAUAGGGGUCAAAGUGAAUCCCCCAGUACAACGUCCAGAAGAUCCUUACGUGAAGAUUCGGAGAGAGGCUGUAGAACACGUAGAGCCCUUACGUCCCUACAAAUCCCUCAACACCCCAAAACAGUUCUACCAGUAUCAUGGCAAGAUUUUGCGUUUCUUCUGCCUGUGGGAUGACUCAGUCUCGAUGUUUGGAGACCGUAGAGAACUCAUCCUGCAUUACUUCUUGUGUGAUGAUACUAUUGAAAUCAAAGAAUUGCUUCCACCCAACUCAGGCCGAGAUGCUGUCAACGUGUUCCUCCGGAGGAGUAAGCUGCCCAAGAAUUGCCCACCUAGAGUCUACCAACCAGGCCAGCUAGGAAAAAUAGACCAAGAGUUUUACAAAGAUAGUGACCUGUCCCUAGGAGUCACCAUCAAUGUGUGGGGAAGAAAAGUGCUCCUUUAUGACUGUGAUGAAUUUACAAAGUCUUAUUAUAAGUCUAAAUAUGGAAUUGAGAACUUUACUUCGGUUUCGUGCAAGCGUCCUUCUCCUCCUCCAAAAAUAGAAAGGAAAUUUCCACCUUACAACGGUUUUGGUUCUGAGGAGGAUUCUCUCCGUAACUGCAUAGACCUCAGGCCCACACCUCAUCGGAGGAACUUCAAGAAGUUUAUGGAAAAAGACAGCUAUGGCUCCAAAAGCAAUAUACUCCGUUUUUUUGCAAAACUAGUCACAGACAAAUCUGUUGACUUGGACAGGAGGUUUGUUGUUUCAUAUUAUCUCAGUGAUGACACCAUUUCAGUGUUUGAACCUAUGCAGAGGAAUUCAGGAAUUGCUGGUAGGAUGUUCUUGAAAAGAAGUCGCGUUAAGAAGCCUGGACAAGAAGUCUUUAAAAGUGAACUAUCUGAAUAUAUCAAGGCCGAGGAUCUGUACAUUGGAGUCACAGUGAAUGUGAAUGGUUACCUAUUUCAUUUGCUCAAUGCUGAUGAGUAUACCUUAAACUACAUGGAGCAGAAUGCAGAUAAGUAUCCUUUCAGUAACCUCAAACUUAUCCUACAAAAGCUGAAGCAAGAAGAAGGAAAAUUCAGAGAGCUCAAGCAGGUAUUUAAAGCUGCUGACUGUAAGCACACAAACAUGAUGGAUUAUAAUACAUUCAGAGACAUAUUGAUGUCUUUGACUGUUGGAAACCUCACAGAGCAAGAAUUUGUAACCAUUGCAUGUCACUACCGUGCACCUGAGGGCACAUGUCCAGAUACGAAUUUCUUAAUUGCACUGGCCCAUGAAAAGUUAAAGAAAAAUAUGUUUGAGGAUUUCGACACUUUGAUUUAUUCCUGUGUGUAUAAAGAUCGACAAAAAAAAAAUGUAUUACCCACCAAAGACAUUAAGAGGCUGUGCAAAUCCUUCAGAUUACCUUUGAGUGAUGAUCUUCUAGAAUCCUUAUUGUCAAGGUUUGAAGACAGUGAAAAACAAAUAGAUUAUAAGUCAUUUUUCUCUGCCCUGAACUGGAGAAAGAAUCCAGUGCCUGAAUUGCAACCAGCAUCAUACCUUAAAGAGAGAUGUGAAGAUGUUUGGCUUGGUACGCCAUCACCUAUUCCUGCGAAAUACAUUGACUACUGGACCUUUUUGAAGGACGUGUUUGGCUUAGAAAAAACCAUGCCAGUGUCGGUCAGUUCUCUAUGAUUUACUUCUCUCGUUUUGCCACAUUUACUUUAGUAGAUAUAAUUUCAUUGAAAACAAAAAGCUGAUAGGAAAGUUCAGCCAAGUCUGAGGAUACAAAACCAAUGUGCAAAAAUCACAAGCAAACUUAUACACCAAUAACAGAGAAACAGAGCCAAAUCAUGAGUGAACUCCCAUUCACAACUGCUUCAAAGAGAAUAAAAUACCUAGGAAUCCAACUUACAAGGGAUGUGAAGUACCUCUUCAAGAAGAACUGCAAACCACUGCUCAAUGAAAUAACAGAGGAUACAAACAAUUGGAAGAACAUUCCAUGCUCAUGGGUAGGAAGACUCAAUAUCGUGAAAACGGCCAUACUGCCCAAGGUAAUUUAUAGAUUCAAUGCCAUCCCCAUCAAGCUAGCAAUGACUUUCUUCACAGAAUUGGAAAAAACUAAAGUUCAUAUGGAACCAAAAAAGAGCCCACAUCGCCAAGUCAAUCCUAAGCCAAAAGAACAAAGCUGGAAGCAUCACACCACCAGACUUCAAACUAUACUACAAGGCUACAGUAACCAAAACAGCCUGGCACUGGUACCAAAACAGAGAUACAGACCAAUGGAACAGAACAGAGCCCUCAGAAAUAAUGCCACAUACCUACAACCAUCUGAUGUUUGACAAACUUGAGAAAAACAAGCAAUGGGGAAAGGAUUCCCUAUUUAAUAAAUGGUGCUGGGAAAACUGGCUAGCCAUAUGUAGAAAGCUGAAACUGGAUCCCUUCCUUACACCUUAUACAAAAAUUAAUUCAAGAUGGAUUAAGGACUUAAAUGUUAGACCUAAAACCAUAAAAACCCUAGAAGAAAACCUAGGCAGUACCAUUCAGGACAUACGCAUGGGCAAGGACUUCAUGUCUAAAACACCAAAAGCAAUGGCAACAAAAGCCAAAAUAGACAAAUGGGAUCUAAUUAAACUAAAGAGCUUCUGCACAGCAAAAGAAACUACCAUCAGAGUGAACAGGCAACCUACAAAAUGGGAGAAAAUUUUUGCAACCUACUCAUCUGACAAAGGGCUAAUAUCCAGAAUCUACAAUGAACUCAAACAAAUAUACAAGAAAAAAAAAAAACCCCAUCAAAAAGUGGGCGAAGGACAUGAACAGACAUUUCUGGAAAGAAGACAUUUAUGCAGCCAAAAGACACAUGAAAAAAUGCUCAUCAUCACUGGCCAUCAGAGAAAUGCAAAUCAA